ACAGAAAACCCAAUCUUUGUUAUAAGACACACGACUUCUCUCUUUUUAGAGUCUCGGUCUCUUCUUGUCUUCUUCUUUUUAACUUCCUUUUUCCUUCUUCUGUAAUCUGUUAUUGUCUGAAAAGGACAUGGAUCGUGUAAGUAGUUCAAGUGAUUUACUUAUUGAUGAUCUUCUUGAAGAGUACUGGUUCUUUGAGAACUUAUUCACGAGGAGAUCAGGAGGUUUGAGGUAUUGUCACUCAGAUCCUUACCCUUCUUCUUCUACUACUACUUCGACUUCUGCGGGAGAAAUGGGAGAUUCAGAUUCUUGUAAGGCUCUCGAAGCAUCUUUAAUCAGGGCACCUUCUGUAGAUAGUAGAGAUAGCGGAUCUGAUCAGAUGAAGCUGAGGAGACAGUCCUCUGAAAACAUUAGGGUUCAAGAACCGAGACAACUUGGCUCUUCCUUGCAGAAUAAGGAACAUAUGGUCCUUCCUAAAUCUGGAUCUCGUUCGGCUCCGGGGAAGAUUCAAGAAGCUUCCACAAAACGUGGUUUGAUCCGAGCACCUUCUUUGCCGCCUCAGAUAGAUAAAAGAGAGGUGGACCACGAGGCAAAGAAGAUGAUCAAUAAGCUGACAAGGCAGUUCUCUGAGAAGAUUAGGGUACUAGAACCAAACAAGUCUGGUGAGCUUUUCUUGCAGAAGAAGGAAACUAUGGUACGCGACAAAUGGAUUAGUGAAAGGAACAAAACAAGAAGUAGUAGUAGUAGUAGUAGUAAAAGUAGUGCCAAGAUUUGUUUGCAAAGAACUCAAACGCUGCCAAAUAGCAUGAAAAUAGAAGAAGAUAACGAGGAGGACGAGUUUGAAGAUCAAGAAAGCGACUCAAGAAUGGGAUUCUUGAUCCGUGAAGCCCUCGCUAGCUCACAUAAUGUCUCAAAGGCUUCAAGCAAUCAAAGGCAGAGACCACCAAGAAGCUUGAGAUCAGAAGACACUGUUAUGGUCAAACAAGGAAGCUCAAGUCCCAAAACGCUGCGUAAGACGUUAAGCAGCAUAGAGACAACCAAAGAGAUUCAGAGGCUGAAAGAUUACGAUGGACAACUGGCCGAGCCACGUGUCACAAACGGACAGGCUACACCGCCUAAGGUUCCAAAGGAUUCAAGAAAAGAAAUGAAAGAUCAGAUCAAGUUCUGGGCUCGAGCCGUAGCUACUAAUGUCCGACAAGAGUGCUAGAUUUUGUUUCAGACACUAAUAAACUUGUGUUUCUUUGUAACACUAGUAUCCCGUACAUAUGAUUCUUAUCUUGAUCUCUUUUGUGUCUUUUUCUCUUCUUCUGAAUCCUCCUGAAAUAAUGAGAUUCCUCUGUUUAUGUGAUGAUGAUGUUCUUCUUUCUU